GAUAAACUGAUCACAUGGUGAAUCCGUUGUGUCUAUCACUCAUGCAAAAUUACAUUCGUCAGUACGAUGUGAGGGUUUAGUUUUGGUAAAGUCAGACACGGGAUAGGAAUUGUGAUGCGAAAUUACGUGAAAACUAUUCCCCGGCUAGAGUUGAUCUUGCCACGUCAUGGAUCAUCAUUACUAUACUGCUCUGAAAGGAGGCUCUGUUUUGCAGAGAAAAUGAUAGCUGCAUCUUUUUUCUAUAGAAGGAAUCCAGAACAUACAAGAGAAAGCAAUUGGAUAUCAAAGACGAGAUUACUUUUUAGACCUCGAGAAUUCUUCUUGGUCAUUAUCUCGUAUAUAUUCAUCUCUCUUUAUUCCUUCUCAUCUAUUUGAAUUUCUUGAAUUCAACUCAAUUGCACGACAUAUAAAGGUGGUGCCUGAUUUUUCUCCCCUUUUGAUACCUUCUAUCCUAACUCAAUUUGAGAGAUCACUUCACAAUGUCUUCUGCAAAUGUCACCAGCGAUGAUGUUGCACCUAAAUUUUACGAUAGUAUCAGUGAUAGAUAUGAUAAAUAUUAUUCUCAAGAUCAGGGAUUGUUAGCAUUCAUUGAUCAAAGUUUAGAACUUUUGCCUCCUAAUGCAUCGGUCCUAGACAUUGGCUCUGGAACCGGCAUUCCCACAUCCCUCGCCGUUGUGAAUUCCGGUCGUAAACUCCACGGAAUCGAUAUCGCUCCUAGCAUGAUACAACUUUCCCGCAAAAACGUUCCGGGGGGAACAUUCGAACAGGUGAGUAUGUUGGAUUAUACACCAGAAGACGGACAAAAGUUCGACGGCGCGUUUGUUGUUCUCUCCAUGUUUCACAUGAAGCGAGAUGAAAUGAUAAAAGCGAUUGGCAAAUGGAAAGAUUGGGUGAAGGGAAAUGGAGAAGGAUAUCUUUUUAUUUGCACGUAUGUUGCAGAGGAUGCGGCGGGGAUUAAGGAGGAUAUGUUUUCGAAGGAUGGGGUAAAUGUUUUCCGACUUUUCUUUCGCUCUGUUGCCUGACUGAUUCGUGAUGGACGUCGAUGCUAAUUAUGGACAAUUCAAUAGCUCUAUGCGGAUAAUGUCCCAAGUACGUUUAUGGGACAAUAUCGUGAAAAUUUUCUGUACACGCAACUUGGAUGGGAGGAUGUGUUGGCGGAACAUGGAUUUAAGAUUGAGAAGGAGGGAAAGGUCGCUUUUGAACCGGCUGAAGAAGCGGAAUGUGAUAAUGAAAUACAUUUUUACAUUACAGCGAGGAAGAUGUAGAGAAAUAGAGUGGAACGGGAGAAGAAAGAGAACUGAAUUGGAAGGGAUGAUGUCUCUCUGAAAAGGAUGGACUGAGGUAGAGAAGAGGAUGAAUGAAUGUUAGCCUGCGGAGCGUGUAUUAUAGAUUGGGUUAAUUUGAUUGAUUUCCAUCAGGUAUCACAGGGGCUAAAAUUCAAACAAAUUAUUACUAUUUUCACAUGACCUCA